CUCCUCGGCUGCUACCCACUCAUCUUUGCCCUCAUUCGUUGGUUUGCCAUUCUGUGUAGCACGAACCUUCCUGUGCCGUGGCGAUGUCUGCGACAUCUCAUGGCUCUACUACUACUUCCCUGCGAGCCUUAUCUGUAUUAUUAUCUGUGUUUGCAGUUCUUGUUGCAGAUGUAGGGGGGCGGCAUCAUGUUGUUUGUCCUCCUUUCUCCUGCGGUGGUUUGAGCAACGUAUCAUACCCCUUCCGUCGGCAAGGUGAUCCACAUGGGUGUGGUGUUCAAUCGUACGAGCUGGUUUGCACGGAGACCAGUGCUACGAUCCGCAUCGGCAGUGGAACAUACAACGUGCUUGGCAUCGACUACACAGGUUCUUACUUCUUGGUUGUUGACGUCAAUUUGGGCAUGCAAAAUAGUUGCCCCCUUCCGCGGUGGGAUUACGGACCUUAUUAUUAUCAUCAUCACUACUAUGGCAAGUCACAUGGCAGCAUUGAGCUGUACCCAACCUGGAGUGGUCCAUGGGCUACCUUUAUGAAUUGUUCGCAGGAAAUAAAGUACAAUGAUUCAUGGCCGGUCAAAUGCCUGAGCACAGCAGAUUCUUUCAUCUACGUGUCAAUAAGGCCCGACUAUAUUGCCGUCGAAGCUGAGUAUUUUGCGCCCUCAUGCGGUUUCCUGGCUAUGACUCCAUUGGGCGGUCCAGAGACGAUGCCUGAGAAUGAAAGCUAUUCAAAUGUUUUUGAGGGAAGCUAUAUAGAUGUUAUUAAGCACAUGAGGAAAGGAUUCGCUCUUCGAUUUCCUUUUAAGGCUGGUCGGAACAUCAGAGACUGCCUCGCAGAGUCGAAGCGUGUAUUUCGUUAUAAUUUUCGUAACGAUGGCACCAAGCAUCGGACUUCGGACAUUCUUACAAUUGAUCUAGAUUUCUGGUACUGUGUUACUGAGCAAUUUAUGUCAGCUAAUCGUGCGGCAUCUUUUCUCCGCAACAUCAUCAGUACAACACUACCGGUUGCUAUGUUGGUUCUCCAGUUUAUUCAUGUUCUUAUCAGGUACAUAUUGGUGCCACUAGCAUUGUUUGCCUUCCUUGCCCAUAGAUACUGGAAAACAAGAAUAACCAUCGAUGCAGUCGAGAAGUUUCUACGAAUGCAGCAAAUGCUUGUAACAACGAGAUACGCCUACACAGACAUCAUUGCGAUCACAGGCCAUUUCAGAGAGAAGCUCGGCCAAGGAGGCUAUGGCUCCGUAUACAAGGGUGUGCUGCUGCCAGGCGGCGUUCCCAUUGCUGUCAAGAUGUUGGGCAGCUCCAGCUGCAACGGAGAAGAGUUCAUCAGCGAGGUCGCCACCAUUGGCAAGAUCCACCAUGUUAAUGUGGUGCGCCUCAUCGGGUUCUGCUCCGAGGAAACGGUCAGGGCACUCAUCUACGAGUUCAUGCCCCGUGGGUCUCUCGACAAGUACAUCUUCUCGUCAGAGAAGAGCUUCUCGUGGGACAAGCUCAACGACAUUGCCCUGGGCAUUGCUAGAGGUAUCAACUACCUGCACCAGGGGUGUGACAUGCAGAUCAUACACUUCGACAUCAAGCCGCACAACAUCCUUCUCGACAGCAACUUCGUCCCAAAAGUUGCUGAUUUUGGGCUCGCCAAGCUGUUCCCAAGGGAUAACAGCUUCGUGCCGCUGAGCGCUAUGCGGGGAACGAUCGGCUACAUAGCUCCGGAGAUGGUGUCACGGAGCUUCGGCGCCAUAUCCAGCAAGUCCGACGUGUACAGCUUCGGGAUGCUGUUGCUGGAGAUGGCCGGAGGGCGCAGGAACGCUGACCCGCAUGCUGGGAGCUCCAGCCAGGCGUACUACCCAUCGCUGGUGUAUGGCCAAUUGACCGGGGAGCAGGUUGGGGAGAUUAGUGAAGAUGUCGACAUGCACGAGUUGGAGAAGAAGAUCUGCGUUGUUGGGCUUUGGUGCAUCCAGAUGAAGCCUUGUGAUCGGCCGACCAUGAGCGAGGUCAUAGAGAUGCUCGAAGGGGAUGCGGGCACUCUGCAAAUGCCCCCGAGGCCGUUCUUCUGUGACGAGGAGAUGCUUCCUGAAGUGGCUCCGUACUCUCUGUCCUCCGAACUGAACGUGAUUGAGGAGGAGGAUGAGUGAAAUACUUUGUUCCUGCGUGUCUCAAAUGCAUGUAUGAAGACAUAUGUUUGUCCGUUUGUAGCUUGUCAUACUAAGCUCAGGGUUGUCAGUGUGUUAGACAGGAUUGUGUAGUUUCCUAAAAAGAUCUCUGAGGGGACAAGUUGUUUUCUCUUGCCUCAUGAGUAUUUGGCAGCUAUGCUUAAUAUAAUGCAGAAAUAUUGAUGCUUAUUAGCAUCACGUACUGCCAUUUAAUGUUUUAUCA